AUGAUAUUCAGCUCGGAAACGGUCUCCAUGUUCCCUGACAAGGUCGAUAAAGUAGUCCUGGACGGCGUGCAGAACCCGCAUGAGUACUACAACGCAUAUGCUGAUUUUGAAGAGUGGACACAGUCAGAUGAAGUCUUCUCUGGUAUUUUCAAGGGCUGCGCCGCUAACCCCGAAGUCUGCCCUCUGGCUCGCGAUAACGCUACAGCGGAGGAGCUGGAGGAAUCUGUCUGGGACCUCUUCGACAAGGUCAGGACCCAUCCUAUUCCUGUCGGGAACUGGCUCAUCGACGAGACUGUCUUGCACAAUAUGGUGGCUCAGAGUUUCUAUUCGGCAUCCGCUUGGCCCAACCUGACCACCGCACUCUACAUGCUGCUUUCUGGCGAAAUAGAUGAACAGUCCAUCAUAGACUUUAGUGGGGUUGAGUCUCUCGAGGCACAGGGAACAUUAAGCAUGUCUACAAUAGGUAUUCAUUGCUUGGACCGAGCGGCGAGAGCCAAGACGUGGGACGAAUUUUUGCCUGCUGCACACCUUAUUAUGAACACAAGCAAGGCUAUGGGAGGUGCCGCAAUGAGUCUUAGCAUGGCAUGUGCUCAGUGGGACAUCGAUCCAACCGAACGUUACCAAGGCGAUUUCCAAGUCCGUACAAAGAAUCCGAUCCUCGUAAUGGGAAACUCUUAUGACGCUCAUACGCCCAUCCGUUCCGCGCACAAUGUCAGCUCGGGCUUGGAGGGCAGUGUUGUACUGGAGGUCGAUGGAUACCGCCUUACUGGUGUUAUCAACCCUUCGGCGUGUACUUUUCGAGGCUCUUUCAAACUACUGGUUGAAUGGUACCCUACCUGA